AUGGCCCCUGGGGAUGGCAGGAAGAAGCCAAGGAACUACUUUCGAUGUUCCCCUGUUGGCUUUGUCACUGGGCUGUCUACUGGUUUACUGGUGUCCUCUCUGGUUUGCUACUUUCUCUGCAGACCCCUCAGCAAGGUCCACUGUGAGCCAGAGAACAACAGAAUCAGGGAAAAACAGGGAGAAAGGAAGGAAGGAAUUCACACAGCCCAUCUCCUGCUCAACCACACAGGUUCCCGUCAGGACAACACCCUGCAGUGGCAAGGGGGUCCAUCCCUGGGCCGCUCUUUCAUCUAUGGCCUCACUUUGGUAAAGGGCUCCUUGCAGACCCAGCGAAGUGGCAUUUAUGGCAUCUAUGCCCAGGUGACUCUGGCCAAAUGCAUCCAGACCAGGGCUCAGAGCACUGAGCUUGAAGAGGUCAAGACCUCGACUUUGACCAUUGGCAUCCUUUCUGCCCAGGGCCGCCAUUCCAGCCUCCUCCGAAGACACUUCCAGGGCAGAUGUUCUCUGAGUGCCAGCCUCCAGGUGAACCUUAGCCACCAGGACACCCUCUAUGUCAACCUCACAUAUCCACUAGUUCCUUCACCCAAUGCCGAUGAGACUUUCUUUGGAGCCUCUUGGUUCUGUCCACCUCCUCCUGUGGAAUACUGA